AUGCUUAUACUGCUUGUACCUUUGGUGCAGCCCUGCUUGCUGCAGGCAUUGUGUGCCUUGCCAGACGCGCACAUGCAUAUUGACAUGAGGUUGCCGGCGCUUCACCAGUGUUUAUCUAGUUUUACGCAAGGUUGCGUACCUCGCCGGAAUUCAAGGAACGUACUGCGCCUCAUAUCCAGGCUUCUCGUGCCUCUUGAGAGCAUUUUUGCCGUGCACGUUGAUGAGAAAAGCCCGCAAAUGUACAAUGAGCUUCUGCAUUGGGUGGACGCAAACAAUUUGGACCAUGCAGUGCAGAUAUUCUCACAGUUCAACAUUGUGCGUGGCGGCCCAAACAUGCUGAAGGCGGAAAUAGAAGGUAUUCGCCUCUUACUCAACCACGUAAUUCACUGGGACUUUUGCGUGCUACUCAGUGAGCAAGAUUAUCCCAUGAGAGCAAAUUCUGCUUUUGCUGAGUAUCUUUGGAUGCAUCGUGGCACAAGUUUUGUGUCUGUGGACGAGGGGGAAUGCGAACGCGAUGUGUCUUAUCAGUGCGGGGAUCGAGUUGUGUCUCUGUCAGGAGGCGUGCAGUUUCCAAAGAUCCCGGGCCUCAGAUAUGCCAGUGGCUCACAAUGGUUUGCUAUAAGUCGCGAGCUUGCGUCGUUGGUUGGAUUUAAUUCAACCAAUCCGACGUGCAUGGUCGGCACAAUUUUCUAUGACCUCACAGCUGUGAAGCAGCCUGAUGAGAGCUUCUUCCAGGUCACUGUGCUAAACAGCGAGUUCUGCACCCGCUAUUCGGACUACACACUGCACUGGACCGACAAGGACAGCAUGCGACAAGUAAGAAGCCUGACAAGCGAGUACAACAUCCUGUCGCCCGGCGUGCUGAGCUUUCCCAAGGAUGCUGCUAAAGUUCAAGAAGUUCGUGAGCAAUCAUUGUGGGCCUUUUUUGCGAGGAAGUUUGACGACAGCAAAGAGAGCUCGCAGUUGAAGGAUUACUUGGAUUCCCAAUCUGGCCGCAAUGCUCGCAAGACAUGGACAAGCGUAAGAAUUCCUGCAGCUGGCCGACUGAUGCACGUUUUGGCCAGCUCUUUGCUGCAGCCCACAUCUCUUGAGCGUCUACGCCGAAACGUCGACGCUCUCUUUCACGUGCAAAUGCUGCGUGCAAAUCUGGGUUUUGAGCGAUACAUUUAUUUCCGGGAGAAGUUGUCCAUGCCCACAAUCGCAAGUUCGCUGCUGUCCUUGAGGGUGGGAUGCAGCUGGAACAAGACGGAGCUGGUCUUUGAUGGCGACGUUUCGGCUGUAAGUGCUUCAAGUUCAGGACCACACGGCUGUCCCAGCUUGUGGGCAGUGGCUCAUUGGCGAAUGUCUAAGAAGCCCGUGUCGGAGGAGCUGCUUUUAGUAUGGACUGAUCCUGGAGGAACUCCUAUGCAGCAGGCUCCCAUCUCAAUUUCUGAGCAUUCAGUGCUGCUGUGGCAUCGUUACACAGCCACACAGUCGCUGACGCAUGGGAGAUGGUCAUUGGAGGUUAGAUCCUCCAAUCAAGUAAUUGCACGGCGACAUUUCUUUGCCUAUGGCAAUCCAUUGCAGAUUCCGUGGCAAGAUGUGCAGGAGUACUUUGACAUUGUGCCGGGAUGA